GUAUUCGCCUUUUAUCAUAGCAAAUUUUUGUGUUGCAGUCUUGAUCGUAGUUUUGGUCUGCAUUUAGUCAGUAGUUAAAGUAAAUGUCAUUCGUAUGGAGAUUGACUUUGUAUAACAAUUUUAUAUAACAAUUUAUCAUCAUUCAUAAAUCGUAAUGUCUGCCCUAUUUAAUUUCCAGAGUUUGCUGACAGUUAUUUUGCUAUUGAUAUGUACCUGUACUUACGUUAGAUCCAUCGUACCCAGUUUAUUGGACAGUCGAUUAGGAAAAGUUGGUUUUCAAGGUACUCUUUGGAAGUGUGCCAGGAUUGGUGAGAGAAAAAGUCCAUACGUGGCAGUGGGUUGCCUUUUUAUGGCUUUCAAUAUCUUAUUUUGGUCUUAAUAUUUACAUAGGGAUUACAAACUACCAAAAAAUAUUUCAAACAAUUGCGUAUAAUUUUAUACUGAUUACAGAUGUAAUGGAUUUUAAUGUAAAUAAGCUUAAGUUCAACCUAAAAUGAAAGGAAAUAAUUAAUAUCUUGGCUACUUGCACGGUAUGUUUUAUUUGUCAACAUGUUGGUUUCUCCAAAGCUAUAUAAUUAUCCAAUUUGAGCACAUUUUCUCACCAUAUUUUCAUAAUAUACUUUUUUUUUUUUCUAUAAACAACAACAUUCUUUUAUUAUAGUUAUUGUAGAGUCGUUAUAUUGAGCAGUGUUUUACGAUAUACAAUAUUUGUUAAAUAGAUAUAUUUAACACGUG